GUGUAGUGUGUACACUGUACAGUUUACUUUAACUUUGUAUGUUUUUUACAAAUUGCAUCAUUCAAUAUUCUGAAUUCUCUAUUACCAUUCAUUUCAUAAAUAUUAAAUAUUCUUUGCACUUGCAGACUACAGUCGGCAUUCAUUCAAUUGAUCCGUGACAAGUAUUAUUCAAUACGAUAAAAUGCUUAAUUUAGGGUUUAUUGGUGGUGGGAAUAUGUCAACAGCUAUAUUUAAAGGAAUUUUGAAAGAGGUGUAAUUUAAGGCGGUCAGUCACCAUCUCAAAUAUGGGUAUCCGGACCUCAUUUAGAAAAUUUACAACAUUGGAAGGAGUCUGGUGCAAACAUAUCAAAUAAAAAUGGAGAAGUGUAUAGCAAGUGUGAUGUCGUUUUUAUUGGAGUUAAACCGCAAAUGUUAACGAAAGCUGUUGCUGAUUGUAUUGCCACACUUCCUGAGGGAGAGAGAGAUUACAACAGAAAAGUUUUAGUAGUAUCAAUUCUAGCUGGAAUCAGUCUCGUACAAUUACAAAAGUCAUUAAAAAUAUUACCAGGGAAAAUAAGCAUUAUCCGUGCAUUACCAAAUACACCGAUGUCAGUUGGAGCUGGUGUUUGUUUGUAUACACCAGAUGACACUGUUACUCAAAACCAAUGCUCUGAACUGGAGCACCUAAUGUCCGGUUGUGGAAUUUGUGAACGAGUUCCAGAGUAUUUAAUGAGCUCUUUGGGUUCUUUGAUUGGCUGUGGACCUGCUUUUAUAUUCAUUGCUAUUGAAGCACUAGCAGAUGGUGCAGUAAAAAAAGGUGCACCAAGGGCCCUGGCACAAAGGCUUGCAGCUCACAUGGUGAUGGGAAGUGGUAAAAUGGUAACUGAGCACAAUAAACAUCCAGGUCUAUUAAAAGAUGAAGUCUGUUCGCCUGGAGGUUCCACCAUUCAUGGACUUUCAGCACUGGAAAAUGGCAAAUUUAGAGCUACUCUAAUUGCUGCAUUGGAAGCUGCUACGGAUCGCACUGACGAAAUGGGAAAACAAUCUUAAAAUGGAAUAACAAUACUGACAUAUAUAUAAUAAUAAAAAUAAUGAAAUAUAGUCUCCAAUAGUUAAAACAUGUCAGUAGAUAUUGUAAUUAAUAUGUGUGUAGUAAUGAGGAAUCAAUAAUUUAUACUCAGGAAUAACAUUAAUUCUAGUGUCAUUUUUUUUAGUAAUAUUAAUUUUUAAGUCCACAUACCUAUAGUAGGUAUGUCUAAACUAUACAUUUUUUUUGAAGAUAUUGUACUGUUAAAAUGCAAUCUUAUGUGAAAUAAAAUUUCGUGUUUGAUCCUAUAAUUAUUGUGUAGUAUUUGCAUAUACCACACACUUGUAGCUAUAAGUAAGUAGUAUAUGAAAAUACUUGAAGGUACUAUAUUUAAAUCAUAGAAAUACAGUUAGUAGUUUUCCGAACUACUUAUAUUUAUAAGCACACUUUUUUAUCGUUUAAUAUUAUUUUGUGGUUUCCUCACUCAAUUUGUCUGUUUGUUUAUCUGUAGAAAGCUCUCAAUAUAGAGAGCCUAAUUAAGGGUGUUAAUUAGUUUGGUAAAUUGCUGAAUUCAGUAUUAUUUGUUUCAUUCAAAGAGCUGAUAUGGUUUGAAAACUACCUCAUUUUUAGAAUCUCUUAUGUUACCAUAUAUUGUGAUUGAUGUAUGAGCCUGUUAAGAUAUAAUUAUGUCAUACAUACGGACGAGUAAAAAAAGAAGGACACCGAAGUGAAGCACCGUUAUGCUAGUGUGUGUGCGGUUACGGGGGAUACUAGUUACACAAUUUUUUCUCCCUUAAAUAAUCAUAUAUGGCCACAAAUACUUAUAUAGUAUCGUUUUUACACUUUUUCACAACGCUCGACGGAAUUUUUAAAAUAUUUUAUUGAGACGCAAACUGAUCUGUCACAGACGAUGACAAUUCUCAUAAUGGCCGCCUAUCGGCCUGUAGUAGUGUAAGUGUCUGCGUGGGGCUAUGUAUUUACAUGUGAAUCGGCUUGUUUUGGUGCUACACUGUUAUGUAAGGUGACACGGAGUCCUUAUUUUUUUACUAGUCUGUGGUCAUAUACAAAUUUAUUCCAUAUAAUUACUUCUAGGUGGUCCUUGUAUUGAUCUUAAAUUGUAAUAUACAAGUGCAGACCUGGCAAACCUUGUUUUGCCAUAUAAAUUAAGUACCCUGCGUCCGUCGCCCGCUCAUUGUAUGAAUUGUCUUAAGUAAUGAUGAUAAGAAAUGUCACUGACAGAAUUUAACAACAAUUAAACCUUCUCCGAAACACAUUGUAUCUUUUAAGAAUCAUUCUAAUUACUGGAUCAGUUUUCUCAGUACCUGUAGCCACAGGUAAAGACCGGCUCUCCAUUUAUUAGUAACUACAGAUUAAAAAUCUUGUAAGCAUUAGGUACAUUUUAAGUAUUACUUUAUAUUUUUUUUUAUUUUUAAUUAAAAAUAUUGAGCAGUAUUGUUAUGCUAAUUUAUAAAAUAAAUUAGUUUUAUUCUUUAAUUGAAUAAAAAAUAUUAUUGUAUUUC